GCCCCGGGUCCCUGGGCGGUGCGUGGCGCAUUAGACCUUAAGGUGGCCCCUACAGAGCCAAGGCUUGUGGUCAGGCACCAUUAUAGCGCAAGGGGCCCCCACUUCUGAAAGAAUCGCAGCCAAGCUCUCAGUUCCAGCGGGAAAGGGGAUCCCCAGCUUCCGGGGGUGGACGAGCCUGACUUAACUUUCGAAGCCUGAGCACAGUGUAAGCGCGACCGCAUUCUCCGGGGUUGUGGAGUGGGCGGGGCGCGCGGGCGGGCUCUAGGACCUCGGGGACGCGGCUCCGCCCCCUCUUCCGGCGGGCGGGGUUGCGGACCCCGGCCGGCCGCGGCCGCCAGUCGGCGCCGCCCGCAGCCGGGAACGCGGCCGGAGUGAGGCGCGGGCUGUGGGGCCGCAGCGUGCCCGGCCCUGCUCGCCCGUGCCGGCCGCCAGCCCGCCAUGCCUGGCUUCGACUACAAGUUCCUGGAGAAGCCCAAGCGGCGGCUGCUGUGCCCACUGUGCGGGAAGCCCAUGCGCGAGCCGGUGCAGGUGUCCACUUGCGGCCACCGCUUCUGCGACACCUGCCUGCAGGAGUUCCUCAGUGAAGGAGUCUUCAAAUGCCCUGAGGACCAGCUUCCUCUGGACUAUGCCAAGAUCUACCCAGACCCAGAGCUGGAGGUCCAGGUGUUAGGCCUGCCUAUACGCUGCAUCCACAGCGAGGAGGGCUGCCGCUGGAGUGGGCCCCUUCGCCAUCUACAGGGCCACUUGAACACUUGCAGCUUCAAUGUAGUCCCCUGCCCGAAUCGCUGCCCCGCCAAGCUGAGCCGGCGGGAUCUGCCUGCCCACCUGCAGCACGACUGCCCUAAGCGCCGCCUCAAGUGUGAAUUCUGUGGCUGUGACUUCAGUGGGGAGGCCUACGAGAGUCACGAGGGCAUGUGCCCCCAAGAGAGUGUGUACUGUGAGAACAAGUGUGGUGCCCGAAUGAUGAGGCGACUGUUGGCCCAGCAUGCCAGUUCAGAGUGCCCCAAGCGCACCCAGCCUUGUGCCUACUGCACCAAGGAGUUUGUUUUUGACACCAUCCAGAGCCACCAGUACCAGUGCCCACGGCUGCCUGUUCCCUGCCCCAACCAAUGUGGCGUGGGCACUGUGGCUCGGGAGGACCUGCCUGGCCACCUGAGGGAUAGCUGCAGCACCGCCUUAGUGCUCUGCCCUUUUAAAGAGUCCGGCUGCAAGCACAGGUGCCCUAAACUGGCAAUGGCACGUCACGUGGAGGAGAGUGUAAAGCCGCAUCUGGCUAUGAUGUGUGCCCUGGUGAGCCGUCAACGGCAAGAGCUGCAGGAGCUUCGGAGAGAGCUCGAGGAGCUCUCCAUAGGCAGUGAUGGAGUGCUCAUCUGGAAGAUCGGCAGCUAUGGGCGGCGUCUGCAAGAGGCCAAGGCCAAGCCUAACCUGGAGUGCUUCAGCCCAGCCUUCUACACACACAAGUACGGUUACAAGCUGCAGGUGUCUGCAUUCCUCAAUGGCAACGGCAGUGGUGAGGGGACACAUCUCUCCAUCUACAUCCGUGUGCUGCCAGGGGCCUUUGACAAUCUCCUGGAGUGGCCCUUUGCCCGCCGGGUCACCUUCUCCUUGCUGGACCAGAGCGACCCAGGUCUAGCCAAGCCACAGCAUGUCACUGAGACCUUCCACCCUGAUCCAAACUGGAAAAACUUCCAGAAGCCUGGCACUUGGCGAGGCUCUCUGGAUGAGAGUUCUCUGGGAUUUGGCUACCCCAAAUUCAUCUCCCACCAGGACAUCCGAAAGCGAAAUUACGUGCGGGAUGACGCCGUCUUCAUCCGUGCCUCUGUGGAACUGCCCCGGAAGAUCCUUAGCUGAGAGUGGAGCCUUUGGGGCUCAAGUAGGGAGGGAGGUGGGACAGGAUCUUAGACACUGGCUGAAACUGGAUUGGGGGCCGGACCCCCUUUCAGCUUCUUUUGCCUCGGUUGUUAAUCCACUCUCUCCCUAUCACCACCACCACCUCUAACCCUCAGGUGCCUCCAAUUGGUGCUUCAGCCCUGGCCCCUGUCGGGGGGAUCAGUCUCGGGGUUAAAGGGCUGCAAACAAGCGAUCCCAGGGCCUGUCUCCUGGGCAGGGCAGACAUGCCUUGGUGCCACCCGCGUUCUACCUGGACUGAGGUGCCUGCUCAGGUGCUAAGUCCCAAGAGCCAUAGUAGGGGUGGGAGGUGCUGGGAAAGGGAGGGGUAGUUAUGAGAGUUAUGCCUUGAGAUAACUUCUCUUUCCAUUUACCCGGUGGUGCCCUCUCUGGUUAUUUAUUUCUUUAGUGCUAGGGGGGCACAGCAGGGGAACUCUGAUUUUUAAUAAAUCCUGAAUUGUAUUUAUUAACUUUA